AUGGUGUGUAUUGACACUCGGCUUUCCCUCUGCUUUCUCAUAAUAGACCACAGUUGCGUCUCUUGCGCCUCGCUCAACAAGAAUGUUUCGACGUGCACUAGAUCGAUUCCCUUGACGUGCUCGUACGGUGUCGUCAAUCCAUCCCGCGUAAGUGUACUGUGCUCCCUUUUGCGAAUGCCACAUUCACCGCGUUCGGCGCUUGGCUCACCUGUAUAUCCUUACCUGCGAGCUCCUGUCAACUGUUGCCUCGUUCAGGUACAACGGUCGACAUACCGUAGUAACGAUGGUGACCUCUAACUAUUCUGCAUAUGCUUGCUACUGAACACUCUCGUCCAGUCAAGCGAACAAACGACUGACAAGUGUCUGCGUCCAUCUUUUCUCCCCCUUCUCUAGCGAAGGAAUAUCUUCCCUGCCAAGAUACUAUCGUUCUUAAUUUGCUACAGCCGCACGAACUUCACCGGCAAAAUCGACUACACUCUUUACACCGUCCUUGGCAGCACCCCCGCCUGCCGCCGGGGCAAGCGGUAG